AGCUGUAAAAAUGGCGGAAAAAUGAUUCGGUGAAAACGAGAGGGAGAGGAAGAAAAACCAGGCGAUGAUGUGAUGUGAGAGAAAGUCACACGAAACGAAAGAAGAGACCUGUCUCUGUUCAUAUUAUUAUUAUUAUUGCUCGAUAAGCUUUCCAUUGAAGUCAAAGCUUGACCAGACCUUUCAUCGCGACGAAGAAGAAGAAGAUAGAGAGAUCGGCGGGGCAAUCGGAUGUUAUUUCGGUUCUUCGGAGGCCAUCGGAGGAGAUGCUCCGCGGUUUCUGCGGUGGAGGCGGCGGACGGUGACUACGGAGGCGGCGGCUGAAAGGAAGGACUGUCGGUGUCUUUUGUUGUUUUCGUGAGUUGUUGCUCUUUGUGGGUUACUACUACUACUGUCUUAGGUUGUCAGAGGAAGAAGAUGAAGAAGGGGAAAGGGAAGAACAGUGGCUUGUUGCCGAAUUCCUUGAGGAUUAUAUCCUCUUGCCUGAAAACUGUUUCAGCCAACGCCGCCGACGUAGCCUCGUCGGUUCGUUCUGCCGGAGCUUCCGUCGCAGCCUCUAUCUCCUCCGCUGAAGACCACAAGGAUCAGGUGACAUGGGCCGGCUUUGACAAACUUGAAAUUGGUCCAUCCAUCGUCAGACAUGUUCUCUUGCUCGGCUAUCAGAACGGAUUUCAAGCGUUUGAUGUUGAGGAUGCCUCUAAUUUUAGUGAACUGGUCUCGGAACGAGAUGGUCCAGUUUCAUUCUUACAGAUGCAGCCACUGCCAUCGAGGUCUGGUGAUCAUGAAGGUUUUGGUAACUCACAUCCCCUUUUGCUGGUUGUUGCUGGGGAUGGCAAAAAUUGCACGACCUUGGGCCGCAACUGUUUCCAUUCUGGUGGGUUAGUAAGAGAUAAUAAAGCAGACUCUGUAUCAGGAAACAAUGUCAAUUAUCCUACUUCUGUCCGCUUUUACUCCCUUAAGUCUCACAGCUAUGUCCACGUCCUGAGAUUCCGAUCAUCUGUUUGCAUGGUUAGAUGCAGCUCCCAAGUAGUAGCUGUCGGCCUUGCCACGCAAAUAUAUUGCUUUGAUGCACUUACUCUUGAAAGCAAAUUCAGUGUUCUCACCUAUCCUAUUCCUCAGUUGGUGGGACAAGGGACAAUCAGCGUUAAUGUCGGUUAUGGUCCGUUGGCCGUGGGUCCAAGAUGGCUUGCAUAUGCUUCCAAAAGUCCCAUGUCAAUGAAAACAGGACGCCUAAGCUCACAGAGUCUUAAUUCCUCACCAGGUGCCAGCCCAUGUAUAUCACCAGGUGGAAGUAGUUUGAUGGCCCGUUAUGCAAUGGAGUCUAGCAAACAGUUGGCUGCUGGAUUAAUCAACUUGGGUGACAUGGGAUACAAAACAUUUUCGAAAUACUGUCAAGAACUGCUUCCCGAUGGAUCUAGUUCUCCAGUAUCACCAAAUUCAAUCUGGAAAGCCGGUGGAUUGGCAGGAUCAGAUGCAGAGAAUGCAGGGGUGGUUGCUGUUAAAGAUCUUGUUUCUGGAGAUAUAAUAUCACAGUUCAAGGCACAUACAAGUCCCAUUUCAGCACUUUGUUUUGAUCCUAGUGGAACUCUCUUGGUUACUGCUUCAGUGUGUGGGAACAAUAUUAACAUCUUCCAGAUCAUGCCAUCUUGUUCACGCGGUGCGUCUGGUGCCCUGAUUUACGAGUGGAGAUCUUCUCAUAUGCAUCUCUACAAGCUGCACAGGGGCAUCACUUCAGCUUUUUUUAUGCAACAGAUUAUCCAGGACAUUUGCUUUAGUCAUCACGGUCAGUGGGUUGCUGUUAUCUCGUCCAAAGGAACUUGCCAUAUUUUUGUUUUAACCUCAUUUGGAGGUGAUGAUGGGUUGAUACCUUUAAGUUGUGAACAUGAAGAAGGUGCACGAUUUCCUGUUUCAUCUUUGCCAUGGUGUGCUUCAUAUAAUCAGCAGUCCUUAUCACCAUCAUCCCCUGUUUCCCUUUCCGUGGUAAGCAGAAUAAAAUAUAGCAGUUUUGGAUGGCUUAACACGGUAAGUAGUGCUGCUACAGCUGCAACUGGAAAAGUUUUUGUACCGUCGGGUGCUGUGGCAGCUGUUUUUCAUAAAUCUGUUACUCAUGACAACCAACGAAACUCUGGACCUAAGUCACUGGAGCAUAUCUUGGUCUAUACUCCAUCUGGCCAUGUGGUGCAGCAUGAGCUUCUGCCGUCGGUUUGCGUGGAACCAACUGAAAAUGGUUCGAGACUACGAAAAGCUUCACAAGUUCAGGUGGAGGAGGAUGACUUAAGGGUAAAAGUUGAACCCAUUCAAUGGUGGGAUGUAUGUAGGAGGUCGGACUGGCUGGAAAAAGAGGAAUGCCUUUCUGAGGCUACCACUAAAAGGCAACAAGAUGCGGAAAUGGCUUCAAAUAACUUGUCUAAUCACGAGGAUUCUUGUCAACUGCACCUUCUCGGCAUCAACAACAACCAUGGUGAAGUGAAGUCUUUGAAAACUUGUUCCCUGAAGCCCCAUGAAAGUUCCCAUUGUUAUCUCUCAAAUGCUGAGGUACAAAUGAUAUCUGGGGUUUUACCAGUGUGGCAAAACUCAAAGAUUUCUUUCCAUGUGAUGGACUCUCCAAGAGCUGACAGUUCCGCUGGUGGAGAGUUUGAGAUCGAAAAGGUCACCACCCACGGAGUUGAGAUUAAACAGAAAAAGUUGCUGCCUGUUUUUGACCACUUCCAUAGCAUGAAAACAACAUGGGAAGACAGGUUUUCUAUGAAUUAUACUCACACAUCCAAAUUGGAGUCUCAUCAAGUCAAUGGAAAGAUUACCCAAGAUACAAUCAACUGUCACUCUAAGCCUGGAUCCCUCAGCUCUACCGAAAGCUUUGAAGAGAGUUUGUCAAGACGGAGGGAUAAUCUCCUUGAUAUGGAUCGUAUCAGCUGCUUAAAAUCUGCUGCAGCCGCUCACCUGGCCGCAAAUGGUAUGAACAUGACAAAUGGAUUUGUCCACAAACCCGUGAUAGACGAGUCUUCGAAUCCUGAUGAAACACGGAUAGAAAAGCAUAUGAGUAAUGGCUGGUCCAGACCGCCGAAUGGGAUUUGCAAUGGCCAGACAUCUCAGAUACCGACAUUCCUCGCCAGUGAACAACUGCUUUACACAGAAACUCUAGCGGGUGCUUUGCUAGAGGAGCACUGUAAAGCAGAAGAAAACCCAAAUCUCAAGGCGGAGAAACUGGAAGGGAGAUGAAACGGUAAGUGAAGUUUGGAAGAUGCGAAGUGCGAUGAGAAGGCGUUUCUAGCCUCCCUCCCUGGAGUUGGUCGUGGUAACAUAAUCUCUCUUCUUCUUCCUUCCCCCCCUUUUUACCCUUUCUUUACAUGAAAUGAACAUAUGAUGAUAUGAAAUAAAUAAAAUACAUACGUAAAAAGUGUAUUAUGUACAUGUUGUAGAUGGGGGUUGAAACCCUAGAUUCGAGUUUACAGGGGUGGUUUUCAAUUUGUUUUUUUUUUUUUAAAAAAAAUCUCUGUACAUAGGAUCCAUCCACAAAAAAACAAUGGAAAGAGAGAAUGUGAUUAUGAAAAACUGCUUCUUGUUUCUUUUGUAAGUAGUUCCCCAACUUUGAGUGGAUUAUGUUUUGUUUUUUUUGGUAAGGGAUUAUGUAUUGUCAAGGAAAGGAUCAUGUGUCUUUAUUAUAUUUUUGGCACGGAAUUCUCUA